AUGGCCGAACAAGCUCGUCGGCCCGACGACAUCAUGCCGCCUCGCAGCGGCUCGAUGGCGAGCGACAACGCUCCCAACCCCGAAAAGGAGCAGAGCGAAGCCGGUAACUCUGGCGUGCUCGGGGAGCUCAUCAACCACAAGACCCUGACCUGGUGGCAAGGUGGAAUAGUGCUCAUCGCCGAGACCGUCUCGCUCGGUGUUCUGUCUCUUCCAUCGGUGCUCGCCACUCUCGGAUUGGUGCCGGGCAUCAUCGUGAUCCUCGCCAUGUCGAUCAUCUCGACAUACAGCGGCUGGGUUCUGGGAGAGUUUCGGCGCGAGUACCCCCAUGUUCUCAACUUUGGCGACGCCCUCGAGGUUAUUGGCACUCCGAUAGGCAUGGGUGGCACCUUUCAGGUCAUCUUUGGAUGGUCUCAGGUCUUCUUCCAGGUCUUUGUCAUGGCCUCGCAUAUUUUGACGUGGACCAUCUGCCUGCUUUGGUUGACCAACGGUAGAGGCGUCUGUUCGAUCCUGCUGGGCUUCGUAGGCACUCUGAUCUUUAUCAUUUGCAACCUGCCACGGACGCUCAAGCACACGAGCUGGAUGUCCAUGAUCAGCUGCGCCUCCAUCACCGCCGCAGUUGUGGUGACCGCCAUCGCCGUCACCUUUACACAGCAGACUUCUCCGUGGAAGCCUGGACCCGGCAUGAACAUCGACUUGUUCCGCAAGCUCGAGUUUGCGCCUGCAUUCCUCGGGGUCACCAACGUUGCCGUGGCCUUUUCCUCCCACUCGUGCUUCUUCUCAGUCAUCGACGAGUUCAAAAAGCCCGAAGACUGGCCCAAGGCUCUCGCCUUGCUCCAGAUUGUCGACACGGUCCUUUACCUGUUCGCAGCCAUCAUGAUCUACUACUUUGUCGGCAAGGACGUGCCCUCUCCAGCUCUCUCGGCCGCGCCGGGUAAUGUCAUGCCUCGCGUCAUCUGGGGCAUUGCGAUCCCGACCAUCGUCAUCGCAGGCGUCAUCUACGGCCACGUCGCGUCCAAGUACAUUUUUGUGCGCGUCUUCCGCAACUCGGUGCAUCUGGAGCGUCGCACCAAGCGAUCCACUGUCGUCUGGAUGGCCAUUGUCGUCGGUCUCUGGGCCAUCGCCUGGGUCAUCUCGGAGUCGAUCCCAGUCUUCAACGGCCUCCUGGGUCUGGUGGCCGCCCUGUUCGUCAGUUGGUUUUCGUACGGUCUCCCGGGCAUCUUUUGGCUCUGGAUGAACAAGGGAGAGUGGUUCUCGAGUCCCAAGCAGACUAGCAAGUUUGCCGCCAACGCGUCCCUGUUGGUCAUCGGCGUCAUGAUAUGCACACUUGGCCUUUGGGCCUCUGGCAACGACAUUGCAGUCAGCACGUCAGGCGCUUCAAGUCCAGUCUGGAAGUGCCGAUCCCUUUGA